GCAUUUCACCCUGGAAAAGGAAUGUUGGCAAAGAUCUCCACCGCAUGGAAUCUGCUCUUAGCUGUUGGGCCCCGAAACUUUAUUCAGCAGUUUGAAACUAUUCCACAGCUUCGCUCAUUCACCCUCCCACUUGGGGCUAAUGCACAGGCAUGAACACCUACUGAGGAAAACCACAAAAAACUUCAAAACAGCUACAACGGGAAAAAAGACUUUUGCUCCAGUCAGCAGGUCAGUAGUUUAUUAACUUCCAGUCACCUUGAGUUUUGCUGAAAUGAAGACUGCACAUUCUACACUUCUGCUGUUACUAUUGGUGCCUCUGACAGAGCCAGCACCACAAACUCAGCUGGACUCAUACAUGAGCUAUGAGUAUGGAACAGAUAAUUUUGAAAAAACAAAGUUUAGUCAAGACUACGAAGAUAAAUACCUGGAUGAGAAAAAUAUUAAGGAAAAAGAAACUAUGAGACCUGAUCAGAAAAGUCUUCAGUUACAAAAAGAUGAGGUUGUAUCAUCAUCAUUACCCAUAAAAAAAGAAAAUGAUGAAAUGCCCACAUGCCUGUUAUGUGUUUGUUUAAGUGGCUCUGUCUACUGUGAAGAAGUUGACAUUGAUGCUGUGCCACCCCUGCCAAAGGAAUCAGCUUAUCUUUACGCACGAUUCAACAAAAUUAAAAAGUUGACCGCCAAAGAUUUUGCAGACAUGCCUAACUUAAGAAGACUUGAUUUUACGGGAAAUUUGAUAGAAGAUAUAGAAGAAAGUACUUUUUCAAAACUUUCUCUGCUAGAAGAACUUACACUUGCUGAAAAUCAACUACUGAGGCUGCCACUUCUUCCUCCGAAGCUUACUUUAUUUAAUGCAAAACACAACAAAAUUAAGAGUAAAGGAAUUAAAGCAAACACAUUUAAAAAACUGAAUAAGCUCUCUUUCCUCUAUUUGGACCACAAUGACCUGGAAUCUGUGCCUCCUAAUUUACCAGAAAGUCUACGUGUAAUUCAUCUUCAGUUUAACAGCAUAUCUUCAAUUACAGAUGAUACAUUCUGCAAGGCUAAUGACACUCGUUACAUUCGGGAGCGUAUUGAAGAGAUUCGCCUGGAGGGCAAUCCAAUUGUUCUGGGAAAGCAUCCAAACAGUUUUAUUUGCUUAAAAAGAUUGCCUAUAGGGUCAUACUUUUAACCACUAUCAAUGCAGCUUAUGGCCUAAGUAUACACAGCUAACAGUGUCUAAAAGAAUUUAAGUACUAGCUUAAUAGUAAUACUUCAUCUCCUCACUAUGAUGGAAUUUUAUGUUUUAAGCAAACAAGUUCAAAAUUCUUGUAUCUAAUUAGCAAAAAUCAGACCAAAUCUCUUAAGUUCAAAACAAAGUAAUGUGAAACUAAACAGAAUUAAAAAUUCCUUCUGGUUUACACUAGAUUACCAUCUAAAUGGCAUGCUUUCACAAAAAUACUUGCAUUUGAGAAGUAUUAUUCCCAUUACUAAUGAAGUAAGAGAGGCCCAAGAAACUUUCAGUUGUUUAUCUUUCCUGGCAUUUACUGUAUCUCAAAAGCAUUUAAGGCAGAUGUUCUAAAACCUCUGAAAAGCCAAGUAUUUCCAGUGACCUUCCAUUCUGACUAUGAUUCAUCAGUAUUCACUAUGAAGAAGGAACUUUGUUUUCUUCCUAUCAAGGCAGCUAUUUUACUAUAUUUCUCAC